AUGCGGUUGUCUUUAGUUUGUUGUGCUCUACUUGGAGUAUUUUUAUCAAAUUUCAGUUUUGCAGUCGUUUUCAAGUUUUCAAACGUUGUCUGCGAAAGCUACAACAAAUCAUGGUUCCAGUUUCACGAGUGUCGCCUAAAGGCCGUGUCUCGGGAGAAGGUGAUCUUCAAUCUCAACGGAACUGUUCUCCAUCCUACAAAUAACGUCUUUGCGCAUGGUAACCUAUAUAAAAGAGAAAGUGGCUACAAGCCUUGGCUCGUAAGGGAAGUAGUGGAUUGGUGCCGUUUUAUGCGAAAAAACUAUAAUCCGGCAGCAAAAAUAUUCUUCAGUCUCUUUAAGGAAUUUACCAAUAUCAACCACACAUGUCCUUUUGUGGGCCCACAAAUUGUUAGAGGAUUUUAUCUGAGACCGGAACUAUUGUUACUUCCAUUUCCAACUGGCGAAUAUAUGUUAUCCUUGAGGUGGUUCUUUGACCAGAAACUGCAAUUUGAUACCAAUGUCAGUUUUGUGUUCGUCGAGGAUAUAAUGAAAGCAUGA